AUGAGGGCGCGGCCGCUGGUCUGCGAGGCGCUGCUCCUCGCCCUGGCCCUGCAGACCGGCGUGUGCUAUGGCAUCAAGUGGCUGGCGCUGUCCAAGACGCCCGCGGCCCUGGCGCUGAACCAGACGCAGCACUGCAAACAGCUGGAGGGCCUGGUGUCCGCACAGGUGCAGCUGUGCCGCAGCAACCUGGAGCUCAUGCACACCAUCGUGCACGCUGCCCGGGAGGUCGUGAAGGCCUGCCGCAGGGCCUUCGCUGACAUGCGCUGGAACUGUUCCUCCAUCGAGCUCGCCCCCAACUACCUGCUAGACCUGGAGAGAGGGACCCGGGAGUCGGCCUUCGUGUAUGCACUGUCGGCCGCCGCCAUCAGCCACGCCAUCGCCCGGGCCUGCACCUCUGGCGACCUGCCCGGCUGCUCCUGCGGCCCUGUCCCAGGUGAGCCACCCGGGCCCGGGAACCGCUGGGGAGGAUGUGCGGACAACCUCAGCUACGGGCUCCUCAUGGGGGCCAAGUUUUCCGAUGCUCCUAUGAAGGUGAAAAAAACAGGAUCCCAAGCCAAUAAACUGAUGCGUCUACACAACAGUGAAGUGGGGAGACAGGCUCUCCGUGCCUCCCUGGAAGUGAAGUGUAAGUGCCACGGGGUGUCUGGUUCCUGCUCCAUCCGCACCUGCUGGAAGGGGCUGCAGGAGCUGCGGGAUGUGGCCUCUGACCUCAAGACCCGCUACCUGUCGGCCACCAAGGUAGUGCACCGACCCAUGGGCACCCGCAAGCACCUGGUGCCCAAAGACCUGGAUAUCCGGCCUGUGAAGGACUGGGAGCUGGUCUACCUGCAGAGCUCGCCCGACUUCUGCAUGAAGAAUGAGAAGGUGGGCUCCCACGGCACCCAGGACAGGCAGUGCAACAAGACUUCCAACGGCAGUGACAGCUGCGACCUCAUGUGCUGUGGGCGUGGCUACAACCCCUACACGGACCGCGUGGUCGAGCGGUGCCACUGCAAGUACCACUGGUGCUGCUACGUCACCUGUCGCAAGUGCGAGCGCACCGUGGAGCGUUAUGUCUGCAAGUGAGGCUGAGCUCGGAAGCCCCACCCCGGGGGGCCCUGGAGAGACUCACGUGGGCUUCACUUCUCACCCGCCCGCCCCGGGCACAGGCUGCACUCUGCCUGCACUUGGAAGCCACCAGGAAAAGAAGGCUUGGCCACCAAGGCCGGAGGGUUGGGACAUCAAAGGAAACGAACAAGAUUAAAAAUAACUAAGCUGGCAGCAGAGGCCCGAGGGCAGGAGUGCCCACACAGCUGCCCUCCAGGCUGGUUUAAGAAGCCAGGGGCAUUCGCUUGGUGAGACUGGAAUGGACUUGACCUUUUGCUUCUCGUGAAGGAGCCCGCCUAUCCUGGGAAUGGUCUGCAGGCCUACAGCUGCUGGGGCCCCCACCCUAGCUUCUGGCUCACCCCAGCCCCCCACCACAUGGAACCACUAGCUUGGGUUGUAAAUUUUUUUUUUCCUUCCUCUGGGAUGUGGGAAUUACAGAAAUAUUUAUAAAACAUAGCUUUUUCUUUGGGGUGGCUUUGCCUCAAUUCCUCUUUAUAUAUUAUAUAUAAAUAUAUAAGAAUAUAUAUAUAUAUGAUGAUCUAUAUUUCAAACAAGCUUUUUAAACAGCUGUAAGAAAUAAAUGCUGAAAGAAC